AUAACAACCAUCCCUGAGCCAAAGCAUUAGUGGUAACAAGAUAAACUAUAACAACAACGAAAAAAAAAAAAAAAAGUUUUCAGAUAUCGAUUAGGUUUGUUUGACACUCGUAAAACUGUCUUAAGAAAUUAGAUUCUUGUGCUCAAAGAAACCUUAAACUGCUUACCUUUUCUCUUUCCGCCCAAAAUUUAGAAUCACAUGGAAAUCAAAGGUGAAUCGAUGCAAAAGUCAAAGUUCAGAAGAAUCUGUGUCUUCUGUGGAAGCAGCCAAGGCAAGAAGAGCAGUUACCAAGAUGCUGCUGUUGACCUCGGCAACGAACUGGUUUCAAGGAAUAUUGAUCUAGUCUAUGGAGGUGGGAGCAUAGGAUUGAUGGGUUUGGUUUCACAAGCUGUUCAUGAUGGUGGUCGUCAUGUUAUUGGAAUCAUUCCCAAGACCCUCAUGCCUAGAGAGUUGACUGGUGAAACAGUAGGAGAAGUAAGAGCAGUUGCAGAUAUGCACCAAAGGAAAGCUGAGAUGGCUAAGCACUCUGAUGCUUUUAUUGCCUUACCAGGUGGUUAUGGAACACUUGAAGAAUUGCUUGAAGUCAUAACUUGGGCUCAGCUUGGUAUACAUGACAAGCCGGUGGGUUUGCUCAAUGUUGAUGGAUACUACAACUCUCUGCUCUCAUUCAUUGACAAAGCAGUCGAAGAAGGAUUUAUUAGCCCGACUGCUCGUGAGAUCAUCGUCUCCGCACCUACUGCUAAAGAGCUGGUGAAAAAGCUAGAGGAAUAUGCACCUUGCCAUGAAAGGGUUGCAACGAAGCUUUGUUGGGAGAUGGAACGGAUUGGUUACUCCUCUGAAGAGUGAUUCAGAUCAAGAUUAUCUAUAUAACUAUUUAAAAUAUUUUAUAAUAUAGAUUUGAAACUUUCGGAGAUUUCAUGAUUUAAUCUUACUAAAAAAGGAAGGGAUAGAUUUUGAUUAGUUGGGUAAAAUUUCCACUUCGGAGGAGAUUUUUAAUGUAAAUUAUUAGUAAUGUCUUUUUAAGUCGAAGCUAAAUGUUUUUAGUUUAUGUAAUUGUCGCAACUCUCUACUAUUGUAAGUUGUAACCAAGACAAGUUUCACACUUUCGUAUCUAUCUCUCUUCACAUUAAAAUCAAUACAGACGAAAAAAGAAAGAUAUAUAUUAUCUGUA